AUGGGAGGGCCGUCAACCGUAAAUGAGGUCGGGGAUUUCCUAAGCCGUCUGUUCGCCGACGGCGACCUCAUCCCGCUAGGGCGCUUACAGAAUUAUAUUGGCCCAAUCAUUGCAAAUCGGCGGACACCAAAGAUUCAGAAGCAGUAUGCCGAAAUUGGCGGUGGUUCGCCGAUUCGGAAGUGGUCGGAGUAUCAGAAUGCGGAGAUGUGCAAGCUGCUAGAUAAGUUGUCUCCCGAGACAGCACCGCAUAAGCCCUACGUCGCAUUCAGAUAUGCCGAUCCAUUGACUGAGGAGAUGUACAACAAGCUGUUAGAAGACGGCUUUGGCAACGGAAAGGGUGGACGGGCUGUCGCAUUUACGCAGUAUCCCCAGUACUCCUGCUCAACGACGGGUAGCAGUAUCAACGAGUUGUGGAAGUGGCGGCAAAGGCUCGAAGGGAAACGUGGGAACCCAACGAAUCCACCCACCGACGGCUCGAUUCAGUGGAGUGUGAUAGACCGUUGGCCAGUUCACCCCGGACUCGUCGAGGCUUUCGCCCAGAACAUUGAACAGAAGCUGCUCGAGUAUCCCGAGGAGCGCCGCAAAGAUGUCGUUCUGCUGUUCUCAGCGCACAGUCUGCCAAUGACCGUCGUAAACAGGGGCGAUCCAUAUCCUGCCGAGGUCGCGGCCACAGUGUACGCCGUGAACCAGCGUCUCGGCUUCGUCAAUCCCUACAGGCUGGUGUGGCAGUCCCAGGUCGGGCCUCAGCCUUGGCUUGGUCCUCAGACAGCGACAACUGUUGAGGAUUACAUCGCCAAGGGGCAGAAAGAUCUAAUCUUGAUACCCAUUGCAUUCACUUCAGACCACAUUGAAACACUUUACGAGCUCGAUAACGAGGUUAUUGGCGAUUCUGGCCAUGCCGAUACCGUCAAGCGAGCGGAAAGUUUGAACGGCAGCCCGGUCUUCAUCAAGGCUCUUGCAGAUAUCGCCAAAGCUCACUUAGACAGUGGGAUCAAGACGUCCGUCCAGAUGGGGCUUCGCUGUCCCGGCUGCAAGAGUGAACGAUGCCUCGAGUCCAAAAAGUUCUUUGCAGGUGCCGAACGCGUUCCGGCCUAA